GAAUCAUUGUAUUGAUUUGACUUGAUUAAAUACAUUGGCCUGACUUGAGCUUGUUGCGCUAGAUUACCAACCUGCCCGUGAUAUUUUAUAUAUGCAAUUUUUUUUUUUGAACGGUUACUGGUAGAAUAUAAAAGUUAUGAUCACUGCAUUAUUCAUAUUUGAUGCUAAAGGAGAUAUAUUGAUUUCCAAACUAUAUAAGGAGGGAGUGAAGAGAAAUAUAUCUGAUGUGUUCCGGAUUCAGGUGAUUACUACCAAUUCCAAGAAUAACUCAGCUGGCGAUAGUGAUGGGAGAGAUGUGAGAUCGCCAGUUUUAACGUUAGGAUCCACAUCGUUUAUUUAUAUCAAGUCGGGAUUACUCUGGAUAUGUGCAGUUACAAGGUCUAAUCAAGAUUGUUCACUUGUGUUAGAAUUUUUGUAUAAUUUUGAAAAUUUGUUAAAGAACAUGUUGAUCGGAUACGGAAAUGAUUCACAACUAAGCAUUAAGAAACAGUUAACUGACGAAUUAAUAACAAAUAACUUCAAUUUGAUAUAUGAGUUAUUAGACGAAGUCAUAGAAUUUGGAUACCCAACCAAUCUUGAAAUCAAUUAUUUGAAGAAUAUGAUUACAUCGAUACCUGCGAGUGAUAAUAUAUUCAAAAUUGCAAAUACCAGAUUAUCAAGAAGUAAUAACAGCAGUAACGAUAAACCAGUGUCUAACAAAUCCAGUAAAUUGAGUGGAUCCAAUGUAACUUGGAGAAACACUGGUAUCAAAUAUAGAAGAAAUGAGAUUUUUUUAAAUGUUGAAGAACGUAUCAAUGUUUUAAUGAAUGCACAAUCAGAAGCAUUAAGAGUUUAUGUGGAUGGAGCUAUUCAAAUGAAGACCCAUUUAUCCGGGAUGCCAGAAUGUAGAUUUGGAUUAAGCGAUGAUAGCAUGUUACUUAAUCUGAAAAGUUCAGAAAAUCAAGAUAGUGCUGCAUAUGCAUAUACAUCAAAUAAUAGAAAUCAUAAUGAAGUUACAUUAGAAGAUAGCAAAUUCCAUCAAUGUGUUGAUUUAACCAAAUUUGAUUUGGAAAGAGUGAUCCAAUUCAUUCCACCGGAUGGAGAUUUCCAAUUAAUGUCAUACCAUUGCUUACUGAAUAUAAAUCUACCUUUCAAAGUAUACCCACAAGUUCAAGAAAUUGGAAGACUGAAGUUACAUUAUAAAAUUAGAGUUAAAUCAGCAUUCCCAGCAAGACUACCAGCCACCAACGUGCAAAUCAAAAUCCCAACACCUAGAGGGGUCAUUAAAUCAAUGGCUACAAACACCCUGGGUAAAUCUAAGUUCCAUCCGGAGGAAAAUUUAUUUAUUUGGAAAUUCAAUAAAUUUUUCGGAGAACAAGAACAUAUUUUCACCGGGGAAGUGGAGCUAUCCAACAAUCAUAAUGAUUUCGGACCUAAUAGCUCCAUGCUGGAAGACGACUUCAAUCAAGUUUAUAACAAUGGUAUAAUCAAUUGGAAUCGACCACCAAUCAAAUUAGAAUUUAAAUUGGAUAUGUUUUCUUGUUCUGGUCUAACGGUUAAAUUCUUGAAAGUUCAGGAGAAACUGAAUUACAGAACAGUGAAAUGGGUCAAGUACUGUACCCAAGCUGGAUCUUAUGACAUUCGUUACUAAAAUAUAACAUUUUCAC